AUGUUCUUACACAAGGAAAAAGUAAAGCCACCUCGCAGUUUACGAUCAGCUCGACUUUCAGUAGUAAAGAAUCAAAUAUCCACACCAGUCAUCCAAACAUCGACAAACUCGCCCAAGAAAGUAAUCAAAGCUUUAUAUGACUACAAUGCGCAGAGCCCAAACGAAUUGUCCUUCACUAGAGGCGAUUUCUUUCUAGUGACAGGCCGAGAGACAGAUACGAGUUUUUAUGAAGCAUUCAAUCCAAUUACCAAUUCACGUGGUAUUGUACCUGUGCCCUACUUUCAAGUGCUGGAGAAACAUGAAAAGGCCAUGGUUGAUUCAGUGCAGAGAAAAGACCAAUACAGCGAAGCGCAACAGCCUAAACCUCAGCCAUUGUACGGCAUUGUUCUAUACGACUUUCAGGCAGAAAGAUCAGACGAGUUGGACGCAAAAGCAGGGGAGCCUAUUAUCAUCAUUGCUCAAUCCAAUGCAGAAUGGUUUGUCGCAAAGCCGAUUGGUCGCUUGGGCGGGCCAGGCUUGAUUCCUGUCUCCUUUGUCGAUAUUAGAGAUGCCUCAACAGGGCGCACAGUAAAGAAUGAUUUGAUGCAAGCACCUUCUUCUUCAGUGUUCCCAAAUGUAGAAGACUGGAAAAAGCAAACACAGGGCUACGAGGCUUCCAGCAUAUCCAUUGGCAAAAUGGAGAGACAAAUGCAACAAAUAUCCAUCGAAGAGGAAGAGAUGGAUCCAGUUGACGACUACUACAAUAUGAAAGACCCCCACCAAAAUCCUGACGUAUUGCUCGACAAUUAUGGCAUGACUCACCUUGUCAACACAUCUUCUUCAUCCAUUCUUGACUCCCCAGUUCCUGUAUCAUCAACAUCCCCAAGAAGAGGGGCUCAUGACGAAGGCGCUAUUGUUGUUUCCGCAUAUAUUGAUUCGCAUAUACUGGAAGGCGAUCAAUACUGGUUUAUUGUGUUUGCAAAGCUGGCCAAUGGUAGACACAGAGUGUUAUAUAGACUGUAUGAAGAUUUCUACGACUUUCAAAUAAACUUUCUGCAAGAAUUCCCGGCAGAGGCAGGAAAGCAAGACCAACCAAGAAUUUUACCUUACAUGCCUGGACCAUUGGAUGCAGUAAAUGAUGAUAUUACAGCGGAUCGAGCAAGAGAUCUAUCGAAAUAUUGCGAUGAUUUGUUGAGAUUGCCCAAAUACUUGUCUGAAAGCAAUUGGGUACAAGAUCAACUAUUUGGUAUUCAUGAAGGCGAUAUUGAGACAGACAUUGAUCCAGGCGUAGGACGACCUGCAUCAAAUUCGUACGAUGCAACUCAGCAGGUUAUCAUGGAGACGACCGCACCAGCACCACAACCACAGCAAUCACCUGCCAUGGCAACUCAAAAUAAGAGCACCAUCAAGGUCAAGAUCAUGUACAAAGACGAGAUAUUCGCAAUCAAGGUGCCAGUGCCAAGCUCAGUUGAAUUUCUGAGAGGAAAAGUAGUAGAUAGACUUGGAUUUGAUGUCAAUCUCAAGUACAAAUCUGGAGAUCAUUUAACUGAAUUAAACGCUGAAACAUUUGAGGCUGCUGUCAAAUUGGGUAAGCUGACAGUGGUUGCUUCUUGA